ACCAUCCCAUUUUGAGUCCAUAGAGAGCAGCAACAGAGAGCAGGAGAAGGAAGCAAAAAACGAAAAAGAAGAACCAAAUCCUUCUCCACCUGGGGCAAAUCUUGGAGCUUAAAAGGAAGAUCAAGCGGACUUCCAUGGCUAAGACUCCGCCAGCUCCUCCAAGGUUUUAUUACGCACCAUGGAGGAAUGGAGAUAUGGAUGGAACUAUUGUUUGCUCGUCACAUCCAGGUAUAUGCAAGUGCACUAUGUUCCUCAAUGCUGCCCGUUGUGGUGAAAUGAAGCUUGUCAAGAAAUUUGCUGCGAAGCUUCAAGUUGGUGCUCAAGGAACUUUAGACAAUAUUAGGGAUAAGGAAGGCCGUACAGCGCUGCACUUUGCGGCUCGUGCAGGAAAUACGUUCAUGUGCAAGUAUUUGGUGAACCACUUGAAGCUUGAUAUUAAUGCCCAAGAUGAAGAAGGUAACACUCCUUUGCAUUAUGCAAUUCAAGAAAAGCGUCUCCAGGCUGCUCUUUAUCUUGUGAACAAUGGCGUUGACGUUGCAAAAGCUAACAAAGAGGGCUUAACUUACUUGCAUUAUGCUACUCAUAAUGCAUUUUCAGGACAGAAGGACCUCAUACAAUUGCUCAUUUCCCGGGGUGCUGAAGUAGAUGCAUGUUCUAAUGAUCAGUGGACACCCUUAAUGUUUGCUACGCUUUACCGCAGUAUAGAAGCUGUGGAAGUUCUAUUACAGAACAAUGCAAAUCCCAAUUUGGUUGUGCGUCCAAUUGCUCCGCUGAUAGUGUCAAGCUGGUACUCAUAUGAGAUCACAGAUCUACUAGUCAAGGCUGGAGCCGAUCCCAACAUCAAUGUGGAUGGUUCAACACCACUUCAAGGAGCAGUUGCAUAUGAACAAGUUGAAAUAAUCACGUAUCUGUUGAAGGCAGGGGCAGAUCCAAAUACUGCGGAUGUCACUGGUUUGACUCCAUUGGAGAAUGCUGUGAACUUAAGACAUCUCAAGGCACUCGCAGUUCUGUUUCCAGUGACCAAGCCCAUUCCUUCUAUCUCGGAUUGGAGUGUUGAUGGACUUGUCAAAUAUGUUGACUCUGAAGAAUCUAAACAAUUGGUUUUGGCUCAACAUCAUUUUCUUUCUGUGAUUUAUUUAUUAUUUUGCUGAAGUCAUACGCACAAACAAUACACACACACCCACACACAUGUACUCUAUAAAUGCAUCCCUCUCUGGAUCGUUAGAGAUGUGGUAAGAGGGAAUGUGAGGGAGGGACUGUAGGAGCUUCAAUUUGCCCAAUUUUUUUCAAUCAUGCAAUGUUUAUGAAUUAAGACUUCUGCUUAUAUAUUCUUCUUGUUUUCAUUUGUUUGGUUUAUGCAUCCUUCUAAACCUCAACCCUUGUUGCUUCUCAUGAGCCCUGCAUGUGGCUUUGUUAUUUUAUGAGUGGCUUUUGUGUUGCAUUAGUUCAUUCUUCUAUUUGUUGGCACACUUACAGAGAGCUAAUGUUCGGAAAGAAGUAUUCCACAAGUCAAAGCUACAUGCUGAAGAUGCAUUCGAGAGAAAGAAUUACGCAAUUGCAGCUGGUUGGUACAAUACGGCAAUAAAGGAGAAUCCAUGUGAUGCAACACUGUUGUCUAGGAGGAGUCUGUGCUAUUCCUUAGCAGGUUGCGGCAAUGCUGCUUUAUCUGAUGCUCAAGCCUGUGUGUCUUUGAAACCUGACUGGCCGAUAGCACACUACCAAGAAGGCGUAGCAUGGAGGUUGCUCAAAAACUACCCAAAUGCAGAGAGAUCAUUUUCCCGCGCAUUAGCGUUGGAUCCAGGAAACCGGGAAAUGCAAGAGGCAGUGAGGGAGGCCGUAGAAGCUGAAAUGGGAGCAUUGCCCAUAUAACAAUCUCUCGCCACGCCACUAUAUGCCCGAGGUGGUCUUUCCUCCGUAGUAACAACUAACCUAGUACAAUCUUACAAAAAGUAAAACCUGGGCUCCGGGAGGGUGAACGUACGCAAAUCUUACUCUUAUUCGGAAGUAGAGACAAUUUUUAAGAG